UCAGCGAGUCCACAUCGGAGUAACCGAGGAUAUAUCGAAUAUAUCCAUCCAAAAAUACCAAAACCACAAACGUUAAACAAAAAUCAUACGUAGACCCAAAAGACAUUCCCUGCUUAGUGCCAAGUGCCAGAAGUGAAUAAAAAUUUGUGCAAAAGUUUCCAAUAAAAUCGCCAAAAUUACGCCCCACAUCAGUAUGCAGUCGUCGGAGGGUUCGCCAGAUAUGAUGGAUCAGAAAUACAACAGCGUGCGGCUUUCGCCAGCGGCAUCAAGUCGCAUUCUAUACCAUGUGCCCUGCAAAGUGUGCCGGGAUCACAGUUCCGGUAAGCAUUACGGCAUCUAUGCCUGCGAUGGCUGUGCAGGAUUCUUCAAGAGGAGUAUUCGCCGGUCCCGCCAGUAUGUGUGCAAGUCCCAGAAGCAGGGACUCUGUGUGGUGGACAAGACCCACAGGAAUCAGUGUCGUGCCUGCCGCCUAAGGAAGUGCUUCGAGGUGGGCAUGAACAAGGAUGCCGUGCAGCACGAGCGGGGACCCAGGAACUCCACCCUGCGUCGCCACAUGGCCAUGUACAAGGAUGCGAUGAUGGGUGCCGGUGAGAUGCCCCAAAUACCCGCUGAGAUCCUGAUGAACACGGCUGCUUUGACCGGUUUUCCGGGAGUGCCCAUGCCCAUGCCUGGUCUGCCCCAGAGACCCCAUCAUCCUGGUCACAUGGCUGGCUUCCAACCUCCUCCGUCGGCGGCGGCUGUCUUGGAUCUAUCCGUUCCCCGAGUGCCGCAUCAUCAUCAUCAGGGACACCAUGGCUUCUUCUCGCCCACUGCUGCUUAUAUGAAUGCCCUGGCCACUAGGGCUCUGCCACCCACUCCUCCGCUGAUGGCAGCCGAACAUAUCAAGGAAACCGCCGCCGAACAUCUCUUCAAGAACGUCAACUGGAUCAAGAGUGUGAGGGCUUUUACCGAGCUGCCCAUGCCUGAUCAGCUGCUGCUGCUGGAGGAAUCCUGGAAGGAGUUCUUCAUCCUGGCCAUGGCCCAGUACCUCAUGCCCAUGAACUUUGCCCAGCUACUCUUCGUCUACGAGUCGGAAAAUGCCAACCGGGAGAUCAUGGGCAUGGUCACAAGGGAAGUGCAUGCCUUCCAGGAUGUCCUGAAUCAACUGUGCCACCUGAACAUCGAUAGCACCGAAUACGAGUGCCUGCGAGCCAUUUCCCUGUUCCGCAAGUCACCGCCUUCGGCCAGUUCCACCGAGGAUUUGGCCAAUAGUUCCAUCCUGACAGGAAGUGGCAGUCCGAACUCCUCGGCCUCCGCUGAAUCCAAGGGUCUCUUGGAAUCGGGCAAGGUGGCCUCGAUGCACAAUGAUGCCAGGAGUGCGCUGCACAACUACAUCCAGCGGACACAUCCCUCGCAGCCUCUGCGGUUCCAAACCCUCCUGGGAGUCGUGCAACUGAUGCACAAGGUCUCCAGCUUCACCAUCGAGGAGCUCUUCUUCCGCAAGACCAUUGGGGAUAUCACCAUCGUACGACUCAUCUCCGAUAUGUACAGUCAGCGCAAGAUCUAAGCUAUAGAUCUCUGGAUUAUAUAGAAUA